UUACUAUCCACCUAGUAGUCUGAGGUACUGACAUUGAUACAUAGUACAAGCUUCAGGAAUUGACUUUACUUCAUAGCUUUGACUUUAUCACUGCUUCGAGGUAUCACUGCUUCGAGGCUCACUUGGGAAGGCAACCGGUCUCCACUAGCAAUUCUACCACCCUUGUUCCAGCCAGGGAAACUGCAUCCACCUAUCCUCUUCCAGCGCGUUCUCCGUAUUAAAUACAUCGCUCGAAGCGAGUAUCUCCUUUCUAUCUUGUGCUAUAAGCCUCACAGACAUUGGAUCACUCAGCUUUUGAGACUGGAGUCAUUGAGAAUUGACGCCGCCUGUUUGGCCUGCAGCAUGUGCCCUGCUUGAUUAUAUCCUAUCACGAACACAUCCUAGCCUGAUCCCAAAUAGGCUCUGAACUUCAUAUCGGGAAGAUGGUUGAGUAUGAGUCUACUACCUCACAGCCUCUUUGUGUGGCCAUCUCAAGUAAGGCGGAAAACGAGGAGCAGAGUCCCCGAACGGAGACACGUACCUUCAGCCAGGAACAAGAUGGCCGGGGAGAGAGAACGCCGCAAGCAGCUCCAAGGCUUUCUGACUUAGAUAUCAUCAAAGGUGCCGAAUGGUCCGCUGAUGGAACUACGUUAUUGACCGACUCGGCAGACCAUCAUAUCAGGAGCUACAUAUUACCACCAGACUUACUUGAAGAGAGACCAUCACCUAUCCCCCUCUUACCCUAUUCGACACUGGCCUCUGCUGAACCGACAUAUGCCAUGGCCAUGUACCCUUUUUUCUCCCUCCAAGACCCUUCCACCACCUUGUUUCUUUCCUCCGUGAGAGACCACCCAAUUAGACUGGCAUCUGCUUUGGCGCCAAUGCAGAUGGCGUCUUAUUCGCUGGUCAAUCCCAUGACAGAGGCUUUCAUCACACCCCACUCAAUGAUCUACCCACCUAGUUUAGGAGGCACCCAAUUCCUCACUGGAUCCGAUAGCCUCAUCUGCCUGUUCGAUGUUUCGCGACCAGGAAACGACGGGCCUGUCACAACGAUGCCUACCAUACCAAGUAAGCGCAAACAAGUGGUGGGCGGUGGUGUUGGCAUGAAGGGCAUCGUUUCUGCACUGGCCGUGGAUCCAAGCGCACAAGGCAUCUUGGCUGCAGGGACAUUUACGCGACACGUCGGGCUCUAUGACUCGCACGGAAGCGGGCAAUCUCUGGGAACGUUCAGCAUCGCGAAAACAGAGGCAGAUCCUCACAUAGGAGGGCGCGGGGUCACGCAACUCUUAUGGAGUCCUUGUGGACGGUAUCUUUAUGUCGCUGAACGCAAAAGUGAUGGCGUCCUGGUUUAUGAUAUCCGAGUGACCGGCCAACUGCUUGGGUGGCUGCAAGGGCGCAAGGCUCUCACUAACCAACGCAUGAAGAUCGACGUGGUGGCCACGGGCCAAGGAGAUUCGCAUGAGAUCUGGGCGGGAGGAACCGAUGGCUGCAUGCGAGUUUGGCAGAACCCCACGUAUAAUCCUGGAGCACAGGAACCGAAGUGGGAGUGGAAGGUUCAUGAUGAGUCAGUAAGCAGUACUGUGGUGCAUCCUUUAGGCAAUGUGGCUGCAACAACUUCAGGGCAACGAUACUUUGCGGACGAACCUGACGACAGCAUUCUGCCUCCUAAUCCGCAGACUGACAGGAGUCUGAAAGUCUGGUAUAUGCCGUUCUUGAACGAUAGCAACAAUGUCGAUUCAGUCACGAGUUGAGGCGCUUAGAUGAAAGGGAAUCUCAUCAAAUUGAACCUUCGACCUAGGACUCGAUGCCAACAUCAGCCUACCUCGUCGGGGCACAGCUUCGGGACGAGUUGAUGUGAGUAUCAGACCGGAGGGAUAUAGGAGAAGCUCAGCAUUAAUUGCACAUGAAAAGCAUCUUCGAAGCUACUGUAGCC